AUGUUUGGGCAGUCUGGAAAUACAUCGUUUAGUAAGUAGUAGUAGUAGUAGUUUGGUAAAACGAAUUGCAUUUGUUCCCUUUGGCGCCUACAUGUUCAUGCAAUCGUUACCUUCGCGCAGGUGGUUUUAACACGGCGACACAGUCUAGUCCGUUCGGGCAAUCGGCAUUUGGUAAACCAAUCACUACGACGAGUUUCGGUACUGGCGCGGCACCAGUCUUUGGCAGUAGUAACACUUCUCUCUUCAGUUCAAAGCCUGCAGGCUCCACAACUGGCGGCUUGUUCGGCAGUACUACAACUCCGCCUGCAUUUACUCAACCGUCUUUCGGAGGUAGAGCACAGAGCUCGUACAUGGUUCCUCUAGUCAUGGUUCUGCUCAGUCAUGUCACGAUUUUCAAGCAUUUAUCCAUUUUAUUUAAAUUUAAAGAUUUAUUUCCGCGUACACGCGUCGCAAUGAAAUUUCUCCUUUCUACAGGGUUUGGCACGACGAGUACAAAUACCCAUUUAUUCGGCACUCAACAAAAUGCAAGUACAAAUCUUUUUGGUACAAAUACCGCAACAUCAGCGUUUGGUCAAUCGAGCAAGCCAGCUGGAUUUGGUUUCGGUACUACGUCCGGUACAAGUCUGUUUGGCCAACCUCAACAGUCGACUCAACAAACUACUCCUUUCGGACAAAGCAGUACCACUGGAAAUACAACUUUAUUCGGUACAACGCCCGGUUUUGGCAAUGCAAACACCACGACCACUAGUAUGACCGGUACCGUCGUUAAAUUUACCCCCGUCAUCACUACCGAUUCCAUGUCCAAAAACGGUAUAUCUCACACCAUAUCGGCGAGGCAUUGUUGCAUCGCGUCAAUGAAAGAGUACGAGACAAAGUCUUACGAAGAGUUACGUUUCGAAGAUUAUUCCGUGGGACGAAAAGGUUUCGGUGGGAUGAGCGGCGGUUUCGGAGCAACCACGCAGUCCGGCUCAAGCGGUAUAUUUGGGAAACCUAUAACUAGUUUCGGUACACCCUCGACAACAACGACGAAUAAUUUUGCUUUCAAUUCUACACCAAGCACAAAUCUGUUUGGUACGAAUACGCAGAACAAACCUUUUGGCACAGCAGCUCCAACACCACUUUUUGCAACCAGCAAUACUAACCAAAAUGCUGGUACAGGUUUCGGUGGCAUUAAUACGGGUCAAAACACUGCUUUCGGCUCCGCGUUUGGUUCGACGCAACCGAAUCAGAGUAUUGGUUUAUUUAAUCAGAACAAAUCAGCUUUCAACGCACCGUCCACCUCGUCCAGUACUGGAUUCACCGGCUUCGGUCAAACAUCGUCGAGCAACACGGGUACAGCUUUAUUCGGAGCUAAGACAACCGGAACGAUAGGUUUCGGAGCAACUCCGACUUUCGGUUCAACUACAACGUCGACUUUUGGAACUGCAUCAGGUUUCACUGCAGGUCAAAACUCUGGUACUUCAUUGUUUAAUACGCCUUUUAAACCGGCAGGACAAACAUCUGGAUUCUCGUUUGGUUCAACUUCCACACCAUCGUCCGGACUCGGUUUGAUGUUGGGCAGUGGUUCCACUUUAUUUGGCCAGCAAAAAUCAGGAGGUUUCUUCGGCAGUACUGGCAACAACGCAACGUUCAACACGUCGGGGUCGUUUGGAUCUUCAAGUUUCGGAAGCAACGCAAAUGUUGGGACGGGCAUUGGAACUGGAUUGCUCGGAACUGGAAACACGACGAAUCAAACGAAGAACAGUUCCGGGACAGUGCCGGUGCAUCAACAAAUCUUGGCCUUGGUGUCUGCUCCGUUCGGUGAUUCGCCAUUGUUAAAGAAUCUCUUACCAAAAUCAAUGUUCGAAGGACUGGAAGAGGAAGAUCCACUCUCGGAAGCAUUUCAACCUCGUCCAAACGCGAAACGUUUAGUACUACGGCCGAAGCCGAUAUUGAACUCGAUAGUUCCAUCACCUAGCGAAAGUUCGCAAAUUGUAGGGAAGAAUUUACAAUGCUCGUCGGUGAAGGGAGGAGGAGGAGGAGGAGGAGGAGGAGGAGGAGGAGGAGAAGAGAGGUCGUCCGUAACGAAUUCGUACAUGGAGAAUACAACUCUGGAAACUAUAGACAAAGAAAAUCAUAGUCGAGAGAACAAUCGACAACAGUUGACAAACGAUCGAAGAUCGUCUUCACCUUGGUUAAAGACGAGCCAUCCACGGAACGCAAGCGUAAAAAAUUUGGACGAAGAAGCGUUCGUCGAUGGACGUCAGCGUUCGUUGUUUUCCAGUCCGUCGAACGCAUUCCAGUCCGACGAGAUGUUGAACAACACCGUUACGGAGCUGCGGCCUUACGCGAACGCCACUAGUAAUAGCAAUACUAGUACAGCGUCGAAUCAAACAACGUGCUGCGAGAUCAAUACGUCCGAGAUGGACGCGUCUUUGAAGAGCUCGUCUCUCGGUGAUUUGAAAAUUUGCUCCGCCGACCUGGUGAUUCAGCAUUCCGACUCGAGCCAAGAAGAGUUGGACGAAAGUUCCUUCUCGACGUUACAAACAUCGAAUUGGAAGCCGAACGCGGCUAAAGUGACGUUGAAACGCGCAGGUUACUACACGAUUCCGCCGCUUGAUAAAUUAGACGAGUACGUUUGCGGUGAAACGUGCAUCGUACGAAAUUUCACCGUUGGACGCGAAGAUUACGGCAACGUGUAUUUCCCCGAAUCGUUCGACGUCUACGGCCUAAACUUGGACGAGAUAGUACAUUUCCGGCACAAAGAGGUCGUCAUUUAUCCGGACGAUGAGAAAAAGCCACCGGUCGGAGAAGGAUUGAAUCGCAAAGCUCAAGUUACGUUGGAUCAAGUAUGGCCGUACGACAAGACUCUACACAAGCCUAUUACCGAUCCUCGCCGACUGGCUGCGAUGGACUACGAAGAGAAACUACGGCGAGUAUCGGCGAAACACGAUACCAGGUUCUUGGAGUAUCGACCCGAAACUGGUUCCUGGGUUUUCAAG